AUGGACAACAGAUUUCGAUUUGAGCAAGGCUUCACACCGCAGAUUUUACUUCCAGGGCAAAGUUCCACGCUUCAGCAGAGCUUCCCAUCUCACCAACAGUACAUCAUCAACCAACAGUACGGCUUCAACCAACCGUACGGCUUCAACCAACAGUACGGCUUCAACCAACCGUACGGCUUCAACCAACCGUACGGCUUCAACCAACCGUACGGCUUCAACCAAUAUGAUAGCUUCAACCAAGAAGGUAACACCAUCCAGCAUGAUGACUUCAACCAGCCCCUAACGUCGGAUACGUUUCGGCAGCACAUAGACAGCUUUGACCAGCACAUUAUCUACGACCAACUACAGAGCUUCUGCGAGGAGAUUGGCUUUACCUCACAAGACAGCUCCAACCAGCAAGAUGAGAUCAUCCCGGACCCCAAUAUCAGCCAGCUCCUAAAUAUGUUUUCAGAGAUCAUAGCCCUCUGCGAACUACAGUACAGCUCUAUUCAACAAGACAUAUCCAGCCAACAAGACAGCGACAACCAGCAGAAUCCCUUAGAGCAACAUGAUGGCACUCAGGAGCAGGAGGUGGAACCAAUCUGGUCUGAGGAAGACAUAGAUGAAUUGGCUCGGCUGUUACUCCCAGGCUCGAGGCCCUAG